AUGCCAUCUUCUGAGAGGCAGUGCAUGGGUUGGGGGACUCUGAACCACACCUCCAUCUUGACCGCAUUGGUCAAUGUUGCUGCAUUGAUUCUAACACACCUUUGCUAUUCUGUGCAGCCUUGUCUGGACUUCUUGCAUCUCAUGUCAGUCCGGGCACUCCACGGCAAGAAGACGAUCCCACAUCACCUGAAGAGCCCGUACCGGACGCUUCGCCGAGAAGAGGACAAGCAACACGCAGACACAGCGACACAAACAGAAGAUGCUGGAGAUACGCAGCAGGUGGGCAGUGCCCCUGUGGGUGAGUUGGGGAGUGGUCCCACACACUGCGCCGGGCCGCAGGAACGAGCGAGAGACCGCGGUGAGAGGCCAGCGGGCGAUGUGCUUGCCCGCGGACCCCCUGACUACAUGGCCGUCUUCUUCACACGGCUGGACCUGGAGCGGAACCUGAGGGCCCUACGUCAGGGCCUGGUCUGUGGCCGACUACCAAAGAACACCUAUGAGCACGUCGCUGCAGUGAUGCAGGGUUACGGGGAGCUGCAGCAGGAGCGCCUGUGCAGCCUGGUGAAGAGCUACAGCAGCUUUGUGCGGAGCUGGGAGGCGGUGCGGAGGACCAGCGCAGAGGGACCCCCCCCUCGGCCCCUGGCGACAAGGAUGGAGGCUCUCCACAGGCAGAAAGCGCGGUGCUGGUGCAGGGUGAACAGCAGGUAUUCCGAGCGCCGCCUGCAGCUGGCUGCCCUACUCACCAGCACACUGAAGCAGGUGGAAGCAGAGUCUGGCAUCUUCCUCAUCAAACCUGUCGUCUCCUGGCAGGGAAGAUUGGAGUCCAUGAGCAAGAUUGGCACAUGCAGGAAGGAGCUGGUCAGGAAAGGCCGGGCUAGUACAUUGCCCACCGCGUGCUCCCCUGCUGAGGACGGACUGACUGGAGGUGAAGAGAUCUCGGGGCAGAGGUUGCAUAUCGCGAGCAGACUGCACGGUGAAACAUGGCGGCACGGGAGCAAGACUCACCUGGAGCCGGUGGAGAGGGCAGAGGUCACGGGCAAGAUCAGCCCCACUGCAACACCACGCCUCCCCCCGAUUUGAUGCAUUGGCCCCCACCUCAACCAAAGUCAAACCCGCUCCGAUACAACGACCGAACGUUGACAUCAACAAGGAAGUGCUCCCUCGAGUCAGAACAAGAUCGUAGCCAAUGAGGAUGAAACGCUUCCUGGAGUCUAGGAACUUAUUUGGACAGAGGCGGUAUCGACGUGUGGGAUGACUCUAUAUCAGUUGCCACGGGUGUAAAAAUUCCAUUGCAAAAGUAGCCGUAAAAGGGCCAACUUAUAGAGAUAUGGAACAAAACAUACAUACAUACAAUAUUUAUUACAUGUCAUUUGAACCUUUUUAAUUUAACUGUUAAUUUAUUGUUUUAUUGUAAGUCUGUUUAUUUAUUUAAAGAUACAAGCAUGGAAACAGGCCCUUCGGCCCACCGAGUCCAUGCUGACCAUCGUUCAGACUAGUUCUAUGUUAUCCCACUCUUGCAUCCACUCCCUACACACGAGGGGCGUUUCACAGAGGGCCAAUCAACCCACAAACCCGCACUCCUUUGGGAGAAAACCAGAGCACCCGUGUGAAACCCACGUGGUCCCAGGUUGAACAUGCAAACUCCAAGAGGACAGCACCCGAGCAGCUCUACCGGCUCUGUGGAAGUAAGAAGGAAUUCUUAUUUGCAGCCCCACAACACAUAUGUAAACAUUGUGGGCAGAGUAGAUGAGUUUAACUUGUAAACAUGGAAAGACACAAAAUGCUGGAGUGACUCAGCGGGUCUGGCAGCUUCCCUGGAGAACAUGGAUAGAUGAUUGGGACCCAAAACGUCACCUAUGCUUGUUCUCCAGGUAUGCUGCCUGACCUGCUGAGUUACUCCAGCAUUUUGCAUCUUUCCUUGGUUAAAUGGCAUCAGCAGUUCCUUGCUUCUACAUUUGAAUCAUGUACAGCACAGGUAUUGUGGACCGAAGGGCCUGUCCUCUUCUAUAUUUCAGAAAGAAAUUCAGACACUUUAUUCAGACAGAGUUUAAGAUACAAUUAGACAGGGACAUGGAUAGGGCAGGUUUAGAGGGUUAUGGGCCAAAUGCAGGCAAGUGGGACUAGUGUAGAUGGGACAUGUUGGUCAGUGUGGCCAAGUUGGGUCGAAGGGCCUAUUUACACACUGUAUGACUCUAAAUGGGAGGAAACCGGAGUAUCUUAGGGGAAUCCAAUGGGGGGGCCAUAGUGAGAACAUGCUGACUCCACACAGAGAAACAUGCCAUUAGACCCGAAUAAAGAACACACUCUUAGUUCUAGAUAUGAUUGUGAUUAUAACCCAAGGUUCAAUCCAAGCCUGUGCACUUAGAGUCCUAUCAUAAACUCACAAAUAACGUUAACCUCAGCACAAACCCUCCCCAUCCUACAUUAUUCCUCACUAUUAUGUAAAAAAUGUAUCAGGCAACUGAACCAUCCUACAACAACCAGAGAGCAGUGCUGAGCUAUCUACCUCUUUGGUGACCCACAAACUAUCCUUGAUUGGACUGUUUAAGAAGGAAAAAUUCUGAAGAAGGGUCUCCACCCCGAAACGUUACCUAUUCCUUCGCUCCAUAAAUGCUGUCUCACCCGCUGAGUUUCUCCAGCAUUUUUAUCUCCCUUGACUGGACUGUGCUGGCUUGACCGUACACUAAACGUUAUUCCCUUAUCAUGUAUCUAUAUACUGUAAAUGGAUUUCAGGCUAGCUUCAACCUAGCUUCAGGUUCCUGGGAGUCAACAUCUCUGAUGACCUCUCUUGGACCCACAAUACCUCAACUCUGGUCAAGAAGGCUCACCAGCGUCUCUUCUUCCUGAGGAGACUGAAGAAGGUCCAUCUGUCUCCUCAGAUCCUGGUGAACUUCUACCGCUGCACCAUCAAGAGCAUCCUUACCAACUGCAUCACAGUAUGGUAUGGCAACUGCUCUGUCUCUGACCGGAAGGCAUUGCAGAGGGUGGUGAAAAUUGCCCAACGCAUCACCGGUUCCUCGCUCCCCUCCAUUGAGUCUGUCCAAAGCAAGCGUUGUCUGCGGAGGGCGCUCAGCAUCGCCAAGGACUGCUCUCACCCCAACCAUGGACUGUUUACCCUCCUACCAUCCGGGAGGCGCUACAGGUCUCUCCGUUGCCGAACCAGCAGGUCGAGGAACAGCUUCUUCCCGGCGGCUGUCACUCUACUCAACAACGUACCUCGGUGACUGCCAAUCACCACCCCCCCCCGGACACUUAUUAUUAUUUAUUCAAAUCAUUUGCUAUGUCGCUCUUCCAGGGAGAUGCUAAUUGCAUUUCGUUGUCUCUGUACUGUACACUGACAAUGACAAUUAAAAUUGAAUCUGAAUCUGAAUCUGAAUCUUCAUGUAUUGUAAUCAUAUAUUGUCUUUCCGCUGACUGGUUAGCACGCAACCAAAAAGCUUUUCACUGUACCUCGGUACACGUGACAAUAAA